AUGGAUCGAUUCACCCCAUUUCCCCCCAUCCACAGCCAAACCGGCUUUUCUGGCGACGAUGGCGCUGUGCGCGCUAUUCUCUCAUGGCCGGUGGAUACAGCCCUCCUAUCCUCGGAGCUGUUGGCCCUCUCAUGGGCCGUGCUAUUACGAGCUUACACAACCGAAGAAUCUCCGGUCUUCUUGUUGAACGAUCAACCAAUCAAAGCAGACCUAUUUACUCGUAUAAUCCAGCCAGCGACGGUGGAUGCCCACGCCGAACUCUCUGCUAAGCACACCGCCGUGCGUCUGACAGAUGAGCCUAAACUAGCCGGGACUCCCCCGUCUGAGUGCGAGUCUAUCGAGAGUCACGCAUCAUCAUCUCCUUUUUGUACUCUAACUUGGUGCUUCAAUCGCAAUACUCAAACGAGCACGUUGCAUUCUUCCACGGGUAUGGAUACAGCUUUCGUGCAGCAACUGGGCCGCCAGCUAGAGCGCAUCGUGCAGGACCAGGCCGCUCUGUCGGGCAUGCAGGUGAAACUGCCUGCAUCGGCGGACAAGCUUUCUGGGAUGGAAUUGGAAUUGUCCAUCUCGAAUCCAUCCCCUUGCACCCUGCCGGGACCGCAGCUGCUCCAUGAGUUGGCGCUGAGCGGUGCCCAUGAUGGCAAUCAUGCGAUCGAGUUCUUGACGGCGGAUGGAAACGUUCGCUGUUUGUCGUAUCGUGCCUUGGACCGAGUGUCUUCGAAAUUGGCGGCGGAAAUCAAUGCUGCUUCGAGGUUAGAUGCAGAGGAGCCGCGGAAGAUGGUAGUUCCUGUUCUUCUACCUCAAUCGUUGGAACUUUACAUUACUCAAAUGGCUAUCCUGAAAGCCGGCGGUGCCUUUUGUCCUUUAAACAUCGACGCACCAUCAGACCGGAUAGAGUUUAUUCUACAGGAUGUUGCGGCAUCGGUGGUGAUCACGCAAACCGCCCUUGCAACAAGGAUACCCCAGAAUGAACAUCUGGCGGUGAUCACCGUCGACGAAUUGCAAACGCAGACAGACAUCCAACAAACGGAGAUCAUGGAACAGCUGCAGCUGCACCACUCCGUCAAAACUGCACCCACCGACCUCGCCUAUGUGAUGUAUACAUCAGGCUCGACAGGUCGACCCAAAGGUGUAGGAAUUUCCCAUCUAGCCGCAACACAAUCAUUACUCGCGCACAACGACUUGAUACCCCAUUUCACCCGAUUUCUACAAUUCGCGUCACCCACCUUCGAUGUCUCCGUUUUUGAAAUCUUCUUCCCACUCUUCCGCGGCGCCACUCUCAUCGGCUGCGACCGCGAGCAAAUGCUCCUCGACAUCGGCCAUGUAAUGACGGAGAUGCGCGUGGACGCGGCCGAGCUAACGCCCACCGUAGCCGGAGAACUACUGCGCAGUCGAGCCGCAGCGCCGUCUUUGCGCGUUCUGCUGACGAUUGGCGAGAUGCUGACUCGGCAUGUCGUUGAUGAAUUUGGGCAGUCGCAGCAUGCAGAUGGGGUUCUCCAUGGUAUGUAUGGGCCGACGGAGGCGGCGAUCCACUGCACGGCUGCCACGCACUUUCGGUCCGAUGAUCGGGUGAAUCUGAUUGGGCGGGUGUUUAAGACUGUCUCUGCUUUUAUCAUGUCUCUAGGGAACGAGGAUAAGGACGGUUCUUCCCCCGCAGGACUGCAACCGCUGCCGCUUGGCCAGAUUGGCGAGUUGGUGGUUGGUGGGCCGCAGUUGGCAGAUGGGUACAUCAAUCGACCUGAAGAGAAUGCCAAGGCAUUCAUCGAGAGUCCCCUCUACGGCCGACUCUACCGGACUGGCGAUAAGGCGCGGAUGUUGCCCUCGGGGGAGAUUGAAUGCUUCGGUCGAAUCUCGAGUGGCCAGGUGAAACUUCGAGGGCAGCGGAUCGAGCUUGGUGAGAUUGAACAUGCCGUCUGUCGUGCGCCGGAUGUCCGCAGCGCGGUGGCCAUCGUGAGUGGUGGCAGUCUGGCUGCGUUUGUCCUUGUCAACGACAAGGGGACGACAGAACGUGCGCUACGAGAUGUUUGCCGCCAGUGGCUGCCCCGGUUUAUGGUUCCGGGCGAGUUCAUCCUGGUCGAUCAGUUCCCGCAGUUACCUUCUGGAAAGAUUGAUCGUAAAGCGCUGGAAGCUGAAUUCGUGCGCCAUCGCAAUGAAGCACAAUCUGUUGAGCAAGAUUCAUUCCGCGAUGAGACCGAAGAGACGAUCGCGUCGUGCGUGGCCGACGUACUCGGUAAACAGCUCCCACCGAGCGAGAGUUUGAGUGCUGCUGGUCUUGACUCUCUAGCUGCCAUUCGACUUGCCUCUCAUCUUCUGGACGUUGGUGUACGACUAGAUGUAGCCCAUUUGCUUGAAGCAGAUUCUGUGGAUGGAAUCUGGCGACUUGCAAAGGAAGCGGAGACGUCACAGUCUAGUGAGGACACGCAAGCGGGUCUGCAGAGAAUCCGACAGUUGGUUGUGGAUGCUGGUAAAGCGAGGAUAGAGACUCUCGGGCUGAGCGCACAGGUUGCAACGAUCGAGCCGUGCAGCCAUAUCCAGCAGGCGAUGAUUCUGGAGACUGUUCGACACGAGAACGCUUACUGCAAUUGGAUUGAACUUGAGUUCCAGCAGUCAAUCAGUGCUUCUGCCGUACAAGAUGCGCUUAGAGAGCUUUUGGAACAGGAUUCUAUACUUCGUUCUGGUUUUAUUGAGAUCGGCCUCAAGGAUCAGUCGUACGCUAGAGUUACCUACAAAUCGCUUGAUGAGAGUAUAUUUCAAAAACGGGAUGCAUUCGACUACGAUCUCUGGCUGAUCGCGGAGCACGAUCUGCUCCAUCCUCUCCGCUUCCAAUUGAGAGAGACAGAUGAGGGCGUCCGAGUUCUCGUGCAUAUCCACCAUGCACUGUAUGACGGAUGGUCCUGGCAAUUGAUGCUAAAAGAUCUCCAUCGCUUGCUGCUCGGCGAGGAACUCCCGCCCAAGCCUGCGUAUAACGUGGUAUCUGAUUUCUUCAUCGAGUACAAGCUGAGCGAAGCUGCGAACGAAUCUUCACUCUUCUGGCGCGAUCAACUCCAGGGUUCUUCGCCGACUUCUUUCCCCAAUUUCCACGGAACAACCGAUCUACCCCCCGAGACACAAGAAGCUACCCGUGCCCUACAAAUUUCUCCAUCCAAACUCACAGAAGUGUCUCAAAAGUUGCGAGUCAGUCGCCAGACAAUCUUCCAGGCCGCAUACUGCUACAUCCUUUCAACCUAUCUUGGCUCAGACGACAUAACCUUCGGUACGGUUUUUUCCGGCCGCACACUUCCAGUGAAAGGCAUCGAAAAUGUCCUCGGACCUUGUAUCCGAACACUUCCCACCCGAAUGAAUCUCGGCAAAAUGCAAACUGCCACAGAUCUUCUCCUGGCAAUUCAAAAUAUGAACCGCAAGUGCCUGGAGCACGGCAGCCUUCCGCUCCAGGAUAUCAAGAAAGCAUCCGAGAUUGACCCGCAGUCGAAUCUCUUUGACACUGCGCUCGUCUGGCAGGAGAGUAUCUGGUCUGAUCAGGAGUACCGUGAUGUGUUCAGGGAAGUUGGUACGGCGGAGUUCUUGGAGUUUGCGCUGUUGUUAGAGUUUGAGCCUCGAGAGGACGAGGUUCGUGCCAAAGCAACGUAUCAACAAUCUGUUUUGUCAAAAGGGCAGGUGGAUAUUCUGUUAGAGCAGAUUGACUUUGUUGCGUCUGUUUUGAUUGAUACUCCCGCGCUGGCGAUUGGUGAUGUCGGGAGCCAUCUUCCUCAACAUACGAUGUCGGUUGUGAAGACUCAGUGUCAAAUGCAAGGUGACUUGCCACGCUUGGUAUCUGCGGUUAAGACAUUCGCCUCUACCAACUCUUCUCAAACUGCCGUUGAAUUCUUGAGAAGGCUGGACUCUGUGCCUCCCGCGGUUGAAACCAUUACAUACGGCCAAUUGGACUCCCGGGCGAACACUCUUGCCAAGUAUCUCCGCCAAAUGGGCAUCACAGGGGACGAUUUAAUCGCCAUGUUUCUGGACAAAUCGAUAGACUCUUGCGUCACUGUGCUGGCUGUAGCGAAGAUAGGAGCCGGCCUUGCACCCUUGUCUCCCCGGACUUCCUCGGAAGAUGUCAGCGCUUUUCUGUCGACGUUGAACGCUGGCUUUUGCAUCCUCCCUUCAUACCUCCAACGCCAUGAGGGAUUCACCAUUCCGGAUUCUGUCCGACAAAUUCUUCUCCCUGAUUCUUUUGAUGAUGUUCACAAUGAUACCCCCUUUCCGGUCAAUGACGGAUUCCGACUCAUCUGCACUGAUCGUACUUCAAAGGAGUCGGUCAUCUUUUCUUCGCAGAAUUUACAAGGCUGCGUACAAGCUCUCUCAGAUUCGUACAGUGUCCAAUCUGAGUCUAAGGUGCUUUUUGCCUAUCCGGCUGCAUCUGUUGACUCCAUCAUCGGCGUGUUCAUGGCAUGGAAUGCUGGCGUGACGCUGUGCGUGGCACCGGAUGAACUCAUGGCUAAAGAUCCCCGGAGAAUUGUUGAUGCAAUGGGUGUUACCCAUCUUCGUCUAACGCCCACACUCGCAUCGCGCUUGGAUCCGCAGAGUGUUCCUAGUGUCAGGUAUCUAGGUACCUCCGGAGAGCCCUUAAUGGCAAAGGCGCAUCGGGAUUGGGCUGGAAUGGGUCUCUAUCACGGUAUUUUUAGCCACCCUAUCGAUCUUGCUAUGAUCUUCGUGCUGAUAAAUUCCUCUUCAGGUUAUACCAUUCGCGGGCUGGCUGGCCUUUGCACGGUACCAGUGAAGAUCGAGGCAUCCAGCACAAUCACGAGCAUUGGAAUGCCACCCAAGAACACAUCUGUCAUGGUCAUUGCAAACAAGGCGGGCUUUAAUCUUUUGCCACGUGGUGCUGUUGGAAUACUUUGCUUGGGUGGUGAUCAAGUAGGAACAUCUUCUGGGGAUGACUUCUUUGAGCACCCAGAAUUUGGCCGACUCUACCGAACUGGUGAUUUGGGUAGAAUCCUUCCUGAUGGUAGGAUUGCACAGCUCGGUCAGCAUGUUGCUUUCUAUGAGACAGACGAAGCCCUGCUAUCAUCGGAGCUUGUACAGAUUUCUGUGAGCCUGGUGAUGGAAAAUCCAGUCGCCAAGCAGGAGCAAAUGGUCUCUGUCUGGGUUCCUUCAGAAAAGGCUCGAACGUCAUCACACGUUGAAAAGCUUGACGAGGUAGCCAAGAAGCUGCUGAGCGAGUUGGCUUCGAAGCUGCCUUUAUCUGCGCUCCCCACGCUCCUUGUCCCGAUGAACGAAAUUCCAAUGAAUGAGGCUUUCUUGGCUGAUCGUGCAAAGAUUCAGCGGGAUAUUCAGCAAAUGGAUAUAGAGCUUCUCAAAGCAUUCUCCAUUGGUAUCAAUGAUAAGAUCCACGAUGAAACUUUCUGCGACGUUGAGAAGAAAAUUGUUACUGCUCUUUCCGCGGUCAUUGGCGUCGAGCAACACAGUAUUGGAAAACACACAUCCUUCUACAAGCUGGGCUUGGAUUCUCUUUCUGCCAUUGCCUUCUCACGAAGGCUCCAGGACUCCGGUUUUGGAAGACUUCCUGUUUCCACAAUCCUUCGGCAUAGCUCUGUGGCCCAGCUAGCGACUAUUGCUCCUGCUCCUGAGAUGUCCAAUGGCCGUCAACCCGCACAGCCACCUGUUCCCGAGCAACCUUCGUCAGUGUUCGAUGAGAGCUUCAUCGAUGAAGUCAAGAAGAACUUUGGUGCUCGAGGCGCAUCUGUCCAAGGUGUCUACCCUUGCACGCCUUUACAAGAAGCUAUGCUUGCAGCGGAAUCUGAUGUUGAUUCUGCUUAUUUCAAUCACUUGCGUCUUCGGGUGCACACCGACGUUGAGAAAUUGAAAAAGUCAUGGGUUCAAAUGCUACAGAGACAUGAGAUUCUGAAGACGUGUUUCAGGCAAACUAAUGACCCGCGAUUUGCAUAUGCUCAAGUGGUGCUGGACACCGCACUCCUACCCUGGACUGUUGUUGAAACUUCCUCUGAAAAUUUGGACACGGAUGUCGCAAGGAUGAAAUCAGAGUUUGAGCAUCAGUCGCCAGUCAGCGGCAAUCUUCCAUAUUGCUUGACGGUCUUCAUAGAUUCAAUCUCGCAGAACACACAUUUACUAUUGUCAAUUCAUCAUGCACUAUACGAUGGAGAAGGUAUUGCCCAGCUUCUACACGAGCUCCAGGCUUCCUUUGCGGGCGAGAAACUCCCUGAAGCUAUCCCUUUCCACCACUUCAUCGAGUAUAUGGUCUCCGUCAACUCCGAUGCCUCUGAUCAAUUUUGGGAUCGAUAUCUAUCGGGCGUCUCACCGACGUUGCUCUCCCUUUCCAAGAAGACCCCGGUCAAUGGAUCUGUCACACAGGCAGCUUCACAGCAGAUCCACGUCAAUUUCAGCAACUCUCUUGCCUCAUUCAGACGACAGUGUAUGGAUCUCUCAGUCACCCCGCUUAACGUCUUCCAUGCCGCAUGGGCCAGGCUUCUCGCUUUGUACUCCGGCACGAACGAUGUAUGUUUUGGAAAUGUGUUCAGCUGCCGAACCAUCCCAUUGGAAGGCGCGGACCGAAUUGUUGGGCCUUGCUUCAACACACUUCCCAUGCGAGUCAAAUUUUCUUCGGCAUCGACGAACGGUGACGUGCUGAAGCUCUCUCAGAAGCACAACAGCGACAUCUUGCCUCAUCAGCUCAGUGCUCUGCGACGCAUACAGAGACUCACACUUUCAGGAGGCUCUCGACUCUUUGAUACAUUGGUCAUUUUCCAGUCAAGGAGCACUGAACUUGAUGCUCGGUAUUGGGAGAUUCUCGCUGAUGAAGGCAACAUGGGGUUCCCUCUGAUCUGUGAGAUCGUGCCAGAUGAAAUACAAGAUACCAUUCAGAUAUGCUUUCAUUACCAGACAUGUCAUCUCGGCCGUGACGUAGCGGAGAGCCUUGUGCGGGACUUUGUUGCGCUCGUCGAGCAUACGACUCAAUACCCUUCAGCUCAAGCUUGUGACAAGAGGGUGAUUGGGAAUGAUCUUUCAAGGAUUUUUGAGAAGGGGCCAUCGCCUGCUAAAACCAAUGGGAUUUCAUCAAAGAAGACAGAGUCACGGGCUUGGUCUUAUCAGGAAGAAGCUCUUCGAGAAAUUAUCUGCAAUCUUUCAGGAGUUGAUGUGGACGCUGUUUCCCUGCAUACCACCAUCUUCCAACUUGGGCUGGAUAGUAUCAAUGCUGUGCAAAUAUCUGCAAGGUUGCGCAAAAUGGGCUAUGAAAUCUCUGCAGGUGACAUCCUCGAGGCUGCUUCUAUUGACAAGAUCGCCGCUCUUCUAGAGUCAACGGAGAAAGGGAUCAAGGAAGCUGAAUAUGACUUUUCUGCCUUUGAGACUCAACAUCUCCAGUCUGUCUGCAGGCAACUGGGUAUCUCUUCACAAUCAGUGCAGUCCCUGAGACCUUGUACUCCAGUUCAAUGCGGCAUGUUGGCUCUCUUUAAUCACUCACAGGGCAGCAUGUACUACAACCGAAUGGCGCUGAAGUCGCCCAAGCCCCUGGAUGAAAUCAUGCUUGGAGAAGCCUGGUCCAAGGUCAUGGCCCAGCAUGAGAUGCUACGUACCGGCUUCGUGCAGCUUCGCGAUCAGAAUCAUCCCUUUGCCAUGAUCACGUAUCGGGAAGGCAUUGCUGUUCCAUGGCAAGAAUCGACCACGCUGGGUGCGGUCACUCAAGAGCAGCAAGUUCUUGAAAACCUACACCAGCCCCCGUGGAGUGUUCGGAUUGAACCUACCGAUGAAAUUACCACCGUACAUUUCGCAGCCCUCCACGCCCUCUACGAUGCGCACUCCUUGGAGAAAAUCUUCUCGGAUGUGAUUGCAGCCUAUGAAGGAAAGGCUCUCACUCAGCCUUCUUCUAUUCCCGAAACCCUUGGCCCGAUUUUGAUCGAAAGUCAGAAACAAAUUGAAAACUCUCAGGAGUUCUGGCAAGGUCUUGCCGCAGAUAUCCAUCCCACCAAAUUCCCCGAUCUACAUCCCGUUCGAAUCGAUAAGAAAGAACUCCUCACUCGCUCGAUUCUUUGCUCGCAGUCUCUCGGGAAACUUGAAGCUGGCUGCCGUAAUGCAGGAGUCACUCUUCAGGCAGCAGGCCAAGCCGCCUGGGCUCGAUUGCUAGCUGCAUACACUGGCGAGCAGAAUGUUGUUUUUGGAACUGUCCUCUCGGGUCGCAACUUGUCCACGGCUGCACAAGAUGCUGUAUUCCCUUGCCUCGUGACCGUGCCAUCGCCAUCGCGCAUCGAGGGCACAAACCAUGACGUCCUAAAUCGCACUCUGAAACAGAAUGCCUCUCUAGUCAAGAAUCAAUUUACUCCCCUGGCUCAGAUUCAAAGAUGGCUUGGUAGCGAUGAGCCGCUUUUUGAUACUUUGUUCGUCUAUCAAAAGUUUUCGACAAAGUCUGAGGAAUCUGCAUGGGAGAUUUUCGAUGAGGAGACGAAGAUUGAUUACCCCGUUUCAAUCGAGUUGCUUCCGCAUGCCACGGACCUUGAAAUCCGAAUCAGUUGCCGAAGUGGCCUUGUUCCGGAAGAGCAAGCCGCGAUAAUCCUGAACCAAUACAACAAGCUGUUGGAGCACACAAUCUUUUCGCCAGAUUCCAGUGCAAACAAUUAUCUCUCUCUCGGAGAUCAUUUCUUGUCCGUCACUCCCGCGAAGGAGAAUAGGAUUCCCACAACUGUUGCCCUGCUUCACCAAUUCGUUGAAGCCAGUGCUCGCAAGAUUCCAGAAAAGACUGCCUUUGAGUUUGCAUUCGGCCCCAAUGCGGACAACCUGCAAAAAAAGACUUGGUCCUACAGAGAGUUCAAUGAAGAUGGCAAUAGGGUCGCUCAUUUCCUCCAGGACAAGGGAGUCGUGCCCGGUGGAAUAAUCGCCAUUUGCUUCGAUAAGUGUCCAGAAGCUUCACUUGCAAUCUUGGGUAUCCUGAAGGCUGGUUGUGCAUAUCUGGCUAUCGACCCCUCCGCCCCGAUAUCGCGUAAACAGUUCAUCAUGGAAGAUUCCUCGACUACGUUUCUGCUUUGCAAUCAAUCACGCAAGUCAGAGUUACAGGCACUCUCGGGCGUCGAUGUUCAGGCGCUAGAUGAGCCUGGGAAAUAUCACCACUUCUCCCCAGCACAACCAUCCUUAACUCGGGAGAUCCAACCCGUUGAUACAUGCUAUUGCUUGUAUACUUCCGGUACGACGGGUACACCCAAGGGGUGCGAAAUCACACAUGACAAUGCUGUGCAAGCCAUGCUCGCAUUCCAGAGACUCUUUUCACCCCAUUGGGAUGCAGACUCGCGAUGGCUCCAAUUUGCCUCAUUCCACUUUGACGUCAGCGUUCUCGAGCAAUAUUGGAGUUGGAGUGUUGGAAUCUGUGUGACCUCGUGCCCUCGCGAUCUGCUCUUUGAAGAUCUACCAGGAACAAUUCAAAAGUUGGAGAUCACCCACAUUGAUCUGACGCCAAGCUUGGCGAGAUUGGUGCGCCCUGACGAGGUACCCUCACUGUGUCGAGGUGUUUUUAUUACCGGUGGUGAGCAGCUAAAACAGGAGAUCCUCGAUGCUUGGGGCAAGCAUGGGGUGAUCUACAACGGAUAUGGUCCUACUGAGGUGACCAUCGGAUGUACAAUGCUCCCACGGAUGCGUGCAAAUGACAAACCAUCCAACAUUGGGCCACAAUUCGACAACGUAGGCUCAUAUGUCUUCCACCCAGGCACUUGCACUCCGGUCCUGCGCGGCGGCCUCGGCGAGCUUUGUGUAUCGGGUCCCCUUGUUGGCAAGGGCUAUCUGAACCGGGCGGAACUCACCAAGGAGCGAUUCCAGACCCUGCCAGAAAAUGGGGAUCGUAUCUACCGAACGGGAGACUUGGUGAGGAUCUUGCAUGAUGGAAGUUUCCAGUUCCUGGGCCGGAUCGAUGAUCAAGUUAAGCUCCGUGGUCAGCGACUUGAGAUCGGCGAAAUCAACCAAGUCAUCAAACAGGCAAGUCCUGAGCUGAACGAGGUGGCCACGCUGGUCGUUAAGCACCCGAAGCAAUCCAAAAACCAGCUUGUGUCAUUCGUCACCAGAAUUGAUGUCGACAAGAAAUCUCGAGAUGUGGAAGUGCGGUCUUCUGAGGAGGACCGGGUAUUGUUAUCGACGAUCAAGUCCGCUUGUCACACACACCUUCCCGGGUAUAUGGUGCCAACACACAUCAUUCCAAUGACACGAUUCCCCUUGUCUGCCAACAACAAGGCUGAGAUGAAGGUUUUGAAGAGCAUCUACCAGGAUCUUUCGUUAGAAGAUCUGCAGAGACUGAGUUCAAUGGCUGUCGAACAGACCGUGAAAAGCACACAAGAGAAGGAAAUCAUCGCAAUCCUGUCCAAGUUUAUCGGUUCCCCCGAAGCAAGCAUUUCUUCGUGGUCGAGUAUCUUCGAGUUGGGUCUUGACUCUAUCUCUGUGAUCUCAUUUGCCAGGAGCCUAAGGGAAGCUGGCUUCCCUCAAGCCCAGGCAUCGCUUAUCAUGAAGCAUCCAACUGUUGCAGGCAUGGCGUCAGCUUUGCAGACAUCCACAUCGUCUUCCAUCUCCCAGAGCAACCUCCACAGGAAUGCCAAGCAAAACAUUGAGGCCUUCGCUCACAAGCACUUCCAUUCCGUUAUUGAAAGUAUUGGAGUUGUUGACAGUGAUGUUGAACAAAUCGCGCCAUGUACCCCACUCCAGGAAGGUAUCAUAUAUCAUUUCCUGUCCAGUACUGAGCCGCUUUACUGCUCGUCAUUCACCUUUGCACUCCAUGCAUCGACCGAUCUUGAGAAGUUGCGAGAUGCAUGGAGCAAAGCGCAAGACCAGGUGCAGAUGCUUCGAGCGCGAUUCUCGCCUUCUCCGGAUGGCUACGCUCAAGUCAUCUUGAAGCAUGAUGCGCUUCCUUGGUUUGAUGUGCAGGCUGCGUCCGAGAAGCAGAUCGAGAUUUUGCGGAAGCAACAAGUUCAAAACUGGACAUCUAACAUUGGAGAACUGUCGACACGGCUGUGGCAGGUUGGUGUGAUUCGAUCAUCCGACAAAUCGGUGAUGUCUCUCAAUAUCUUCCAUGCUCUGUAUGAUGGAAACAGCUUGGCCUUGCUUCUGGAUCGGGUUGCCCAGAUUUACCUUGACCAGCACAGUGCAUCUGAAAAUGCACCUCAAUUCCUAGACUUACUGCACCUGGGUCCCCUUUGCCAAGAUUCAUCAGAGGAAUCUUUCUGGAAAGAGCAUCUGAAAAGCAGCCGACCUAGAGCUCUGUCAAAAUCAGAACAAACAAACGGCGUUAUUGAGUCGCUGGUCCACAAGGCCCAAAUCGAUACAACAGAGCCAUUGGAUCACCUAAGGAAAUCGCUCAAUGUCACGGAGCAGGCCAUUCUCCAUGCCUGCUGGCUAUUGACCCUUCACCAAAACUAUGCAUUUGUCCCUCCCAUCGGUAUAAUCGCAUCUGGACGUACAAUUGAUGUGCCAGGAAUUGCAAAUGUUAUCGGUCCCUUGUUCAACACCAUUCCUAGUAACGUGCAGCUUCAUGGUCUUGAAUCAUGGUCUGAAGUCGCUCGGCGGUGCCAUGAAUAUCAAGUUUCCACGAUGCCAUUCCAGUAUACCGCUCUACGAAACAUCAUGAAAUGGCUUGGGAAGAGCCCAGAUGCGCACCUUUUCGACUCCCUGUUCGUUUUCCAGAGAGAAAAUGCCGAUAUCGACACGUUGACCGGCAGUCUGUGGCAGCCGCUGGACUCUGAAGCACAACAUGAGUACCCACUGGCUUUUGAAAUUGUGCGCCAUGGAAAUAAGUCCCUGACUCUGACUCUUGCGGCUAAGGAUCAUGUCCUGUCUUCAGAAGCGGCGGAGGAGCUCCUUGUCAACUUCCAACGGAUAUUGUCCGAAUUUGCUCAGAAUCCAGAUCACGGGCUUCCUUACAUCAACGGUGUCGCGGACGAGAGCCAUGCGCAUGCCAAUGGCGAGAUAAUUAUGCCAAACGGCCUGAACGGUACAGACCAUGCGGGUGACUCUUCAUUCCAAUGGACAAGUCAAGCUUCCACAAUUCGAGAUGUCAUUGCAACCCUGGCUGGUGUUGAUGUUCAAUCAGUCAAUGAAGAAACAUCAAUCUUCGAAGUCGGUCUCGACAGUAUCGAUGCUAUAAAAUUGUCCUCACGCUUAAGCAAGUUGGGUAUCAAGCUGCCUGUGAGCGCCAUCAUGCGGUAUCGUACCGUGACAGCCAUGACUAGCCAGCUUGCAGACACGAAUCAUCACGAACAAAACGAUUCAUACCCACUACUCAGCCGAAUGGAGCGAGUCUUGACAGAAUUCCUGCACAAGGAGGGGCUCAUGCCUGAAGAUGCCUGUCGGGUUCUACCCGCAACGCCAAUCCAAGAGGCGAUGGUCGCCGAGAUGUCUGCCUCCGCGUACCAGCACUAUUACAAUCACGAAGUUCUUCGACUUGAGUCUCAUGUUGAUCUCAUGAGACUUCAAGACGCAUGGAGAGCAGUCGUCAAAGCCCAUCCCAUACUACGAACGUCCUUUGUCGAGGUGUGGGAUCCCGAAAUCUCGGCAUCUUAUGCUCAGAUCGUUCAUAACGAGGAUGCAUUUGACUUUCUGUCUGUGCAUCUGGAUGGGAUCUCUGUGGAAUCAGUCAUUGAGUCGCAACGCAAAAGAGCGGUCUCGGAACUUUCUGGUCGCCCCCUGCUGAGUUUGACCGUCGUAGCUGAUGGAAAUUCUCGUUACCUAGUCCUCUCAAUCUCCCACGCUCUCUACGAUGGCUGGUCGAUCAAUUUACUUCAUGAAGAUGUUGCCAAGUCUUAUUCUGGGGAAUAUUGUACUCGACCAUCCGCUGAUGCUAUUCUGGAGCAAAUAAUCGCAUCAUCUGGUGAUCGUGCUCUGAGAUUCUGGAGGGCGACGCUGUCAAAUUCCAAGCCGAUUUCUUUCCCGUCAGGAGACGAUGCGGAGCCGGGCUCACAGAUUGUUCAUCGCGCUGAGCGACCGCUCUCUGUGCCUCUUAACAAGGCGGAGGACUUCUGCAAGCGUCAUGGCAUCACAAUGCAAGCACUUUUGGUUAGCUGCUGGUCCCUUGUUCUGGCGACCUAUGUGAACGACCUGGACGUCAUGUUCGGUCUUGUUCUUUCUGGCCGCAACGUGGCUGAUUCUGAGAAUGUCAUGUUUCCCACGAUGAACACGGUCGCCAUGCGAGUCAUUCUUCACGGUACUCGUCUAGAACUAGUCAAGUACGUCCAAGAGACUCUCCUCGAGAUGUCUGAGUAUCAGCACUUCCCGCUGCGACGGGCGAGACCAGACACAAGGUCGCGACAAUUAUUUGACACUCUGUUCAUCUAUCAGAAGAGACCUUCUGAAAACCAGUCCCAAGGAGCAGCGCUGUACCAAUCCACAGGAGGGGCUUCGAGUGUUGAAUAUCCGGUAUGCGCUGAGAUUGAAUCCGAUGGAAAGGACCUGGUGGCGCGAGUGGCCUGCCGCGGCAGCGUCCUGGGCGAUAAUGACACUUCCGGGCUUCUGGGCCGCAUGGCUGAGGUUCUCAUGUCAAUCGUCGAUGAACCUGGUCGGCAGACUGUCGAAUUCUCCGGCGAUGCCAUGAAGAUUUGCGGAAAUUCGAUUGUCCAAGAAGACUCGGGAUAUUCUAGCGAGGCCCCGGUGCUCGCGGCACAGACAUCCAUUCAGAAAGCGUGGUCAAUCGUCGAGUCCAAGAUUCGUAAUGUUCUUUCCGUUGUGUCUGGAGUUCCCGAGGAAGCUAUUGAUAAAGAAGCGAAUAUCUUCCAGCUCGGCCUGGACAGUAUCAGUGCCAUCAAGGUUGCUGCGCUGUUGAAGAAACAAUCUGUCAAGCUGGUAGUCAGUGAUAUGCUCAGAGCCGGGACAAUCGAGAAAAUGGCUUUGGCAGUGAACAAGAGCCAAGCCAUUCUUACCCAAGAUGAAAUUGACAAAGCCCUGGAAGAGUCAAUCAAAGGACUCGAUGUCAAUUCGUUGCUUCAGUCCUUUGGAAUUGAUCCACGGGCUACCGAAACAACAAUACCUGCCACUGCUGGACAGGCAUACUUCCUUGCAAUGCAUAGCCAGAACCCAGAUGUCUUCUAUCCCAAGUUCUACUACUUGGCAUCAGAAAAGUUCAACCCCCGUGUUCUGAACAGCGCCUGGUCACGUCUCAUACACGAGACACCCAUCCUCCGAACUACCUUCCUUGAAACGGGUAACCCUCGGGUACCUUAUGUCCAAACAGUCCUCAAGUCAGUGCACAGCCCGCCAACCUGGCACGACGACCUCAAUCAUGCUAUCAGCAUCAGACGUGACUUUGGCUCUGUCCCCGUUGCCCUGCAUGCCUGCCGCACAUCUCGAGGGGUAGCAUUCAUGUUGCACCUUCACCACGCCCUGUAUGACGCCGUUAGUCUUCCACGCAUGAUAGACCGACUUGCACAAUUCUGCAGCGAGACCAAGGCCGAACCGAAACACCUGUCGCAGAACCUGUCCCACCUCGUGGCAUUCCAGCACAUCCACUCUCCCAUUGAUGUUCGGCGGUUAUUCUGGCAAAAGUAUCUGGGCCAAAUCUCAACAUCAGACGCCAGAGAUAAUCGAGUGGGUGAGUUUGGCGCUAUCCAGCAUGACUAUCGGCCCGGUCUAGUUUCAAAUAUGUCUCGACUUGAGAGAGCCGCCAACCGACAGGGGCUUAGCAUCCAAUCAACCUUCUUGGCCGUCUAUGCUCGCGUGCAUACCCGGGUCUUCGCUGCCCAGGAUACUCACAAUAACAUAACAAACCGACCACUCGUGGUCGGUUUGUAUCUUGCCAAUCGGUCAUACGGGAUGGAGGGUCUAUCUGAACUGGUUGGCCCCACCGUCAACAUUGUUCCACUCCGUCUGGAUAACAAGCUCAGCAAUGACCAUAGCUCACUAUUCAUCGCUGCCCGGAAGAUCCAGGAGGAUAUCAACGAGAUUAGCUUGGUGGAACACGCCGGAGUCUCACUUGUAGAGAUUGCCGAAUGGACCGGGGUACACAUCAACACCUGCAUCAACUUCCUGCGACUGCCGGAGCUAGAAGACUCCAACGACGAUGCAAGCGAUAAAGUGAUCUUCCACACCAUCUCGAGUGACGAGCUAGCACCACCGAAUUUAUCUACCUCGCAAACCCACCCACCUGCCCCGCCCCAAACCAACGGCGUCACAGCCCCGUCCACAUCAGACCAGACGACCGGGUCCAGCACUUGGAUGACGGCGAUGAAAGACGUUUUUUGGCCUACGAUCGACGUUGAGGCUGCUAUCCGAGAGGACCGACUGGAUUUUGGUGUUUUUGCACCGGAUACUCGUCUCGAUCGCCCCACUGCCGAGAAGGUGAUGGAGACGAUGAGGUAUGAAAUGGAAGUGUUGGUUGCUUCUUUGGAAUCUCCAUAG